AAAGUUCUUCCUGCAUAAAUGGCGCAUUUCACGAGUGACACAUGGAACAGGCGUGCGUGAAACCUCCUUGGCCGACGUGCUUGGCUGUUCGCGAGAAUCUUUUGCCGUCCGGCGUGCCACAUAUUCCCGUUUUGGUCGAGGACAUUCCUGGAUUCUCGUCUCUGUCCGACUACAAGGAGAAUUUUGUAAAGAGCGUGCAGACGAUCGGCGAAAUUCUCCCCGGCGAGGGCCGAAUUGUCCAGUUGCAGAGUAUUUCGUCCGAUCGCGAAGCAAAAGUCACCCUUAGCUUGGAGAGGCUUCCCGUGAAUGCUGUCUAUUUUAAGGACGGCAAGGGACGAUACGUGCCUAUAUGGGAAAAAUGUCGUGUUUUUAAAGUUUUUGGAACAUUGGAAUGGAGGGAAGAUAAAGUUGUGCUAAUGGCACAUAAAUUAUUGAGAAUUCAAGACAUACGUGGUAGUCUAAAUACAUUAUCGUUGUUAUCUGCUGUUGUUCGCCCUAUGUAUUAUCAGUACAAAGAAUUUAAAUAGAGUGAAAGAUAUUUAUUACAUAAAUAUUUAGUACAUAUUUAAAUGAAUCUUUCAUUUAUUCGG